CAAUUGUAAAAUCCACUUUCCUCCAAACUUGAUUCUAUUACUUGUACUACUCGUGGAAGCUAUUAACUCUAAUUAAUAUUCGCUCUGCUUAAUUUUAUCAGAGAGUAUUAAAAUUAUCAAUGUUCAAUCACGUGACUAGCAACAAAGUGUGUAUAUAUAAUGCACACAUUGCGCGUUUACGAGCAACGACCAAAAAAAAACAAGCCAGACGAGAAAUGACGUCAUCAUCACCGCCUCCAAGAGCUUCAAUGCUUUUGUACUGGCACGAGAACCAGUACGACGACCGGAGCUUCCAGAUUCACGGCCGGACGAUCUUCUCCGUCAUGGCUCUAUUCUCCGUUGUUCUCUUCUUCGCCGUGCUCACUCUCUACAUCCACCGGAGCUGCCUCGUUCGCGAUCCCGUCAACCUCAACGCGCCGCCUCCUCCGAUAUUCACGCCGUGCGUUGGCGGAGGUCUUGACCCGGCGGAGAUUCGGAGUUUGCCGGUGGUGCUAUGCCGGAGAGAAGAUGCUGAGGAGGAAGAGAGGGAGUGUUGCAUAUGCCUCGGUGGUCUCGAAGAGGGAGAGAAGGUGAAAGUGCUUCCUCUGUGUCGCCACUGUUACCACUGCGAGUGUGUGGAUCGGUGGCUUAUGGCCGAGUCGAGUUGUCCCCUCUGCCGAGUCUCAAUCCGAGUCGAAUCGUCCGUGUCGUUGCAAUGAGACCGAAAGGGCGCGUUGAGUUGAUAGUGUGAGUAAAGAUAUUUGUUACACACAGACAGAAAUGGGAGGGGAAUUAAUGGUUACAGAUUCUUUGGAAAAGAAAAAGAUUUUUACGUAAAUGUCUUAAUCAAUGAUUGUGAAGAUUUAUCACUUCUUGUUCAGCAGAUAUUUAUUAUUUUUAUAAAUUAAAGAUCUUGUUGUACUUUGUUGAAAGUGAUUAUAGCGUAGAUAUUUUACAACUGAA